AUGACUCCUUGCAAGAGACGAACGACUUGCCGCCCUCCUACGUCCCUGCUCAUCCAUACGAUGGUGCCAGAGCGCUCCAGAGUGGCCUCCCAAACCUAA